CAUCUUAUAUAAAAAAUUAUUAUCGAACAUGCAAUCCAUUGAAUCAUUGGGAGAAUUAAAUGCCAAGCUCUUAGCUGAGGUUUGCAGAGCUUAGGAAGGAGAAUGCUGAGAUUAAAGCCAAGAAUGAUGAGCUUAAGGAUAAGAAUACUGAGAUCCCUGAACUUAGAAGGAAGUUCGCUGAGAUUGAGACUGAGAGAGCUAAACUUAAGGUCAGGAUUGCCGAGCUUCUAAAACAGGGUGUGAAAGAGAAUAAGAGGCGUGAUGUUAAGAAUGCCAAGCUCAAGGCCAGAAUCGAGGAGCUAAAGAAAAAUAACAUUAAAUAGAAUGCUGAGCUUAGAGAUAGAGUCACGAAAGUGGAACAGAGACAG